CAGGUAUUGCUUCAACACUACUGCGCAUGAUUCGAAACCCUUCUGUGAUGCUUAUUUCAUUGUUUGGGAUUUUGUGUGUUUUUAACGUAUCUGGAAAGUUAGCAUUUUUACCCAAAUACUACGAGACUCAAUUCGGGUGGCCUGCAUGGCAAGCAAAUAUUGUAAUCGGUGCAACUUAUAUCUCAAUGUUUUUGCUCGGUAUUAUCAUCAGUGGUGCUGUGACGAGCUACUUCAAACUCAGUAUUCCAGGAAGCUACCGCAUGAGCGUUCUAGUUCUCCUAUUACAUGUGUGUUUAUCGUGGUUAGCCUACAACCUCACUUGCCCCAAAUUGGACAUAGUUAAAACAUACGAAUCCAGUCAAAGAAACCUAGCAGUUAACGAGAUCGGAUAUAACCCGCAGCAUUACUGUUUGGAUUGUGAAUGCUCAGAAGAUGACUACAGUUUACUUUGUGGUGAAGAUGGUCAAAACUACAGAUCCGCAUGCCAUGCUGCUUGUCAGUACCUUGAUACGCGCACUUUUCAAUAUUCCAACUGCUCGUGCGUUGGUGGAAAUAAAACAGCUCAUUUUGGUGCAUGCCCAACUAACUGUAAGGCCGGUUUAUACUUAACAAUAUUAAACUCAAUACAUUCAAUAUUAGUAGGCCUGACAACCAGUCCGCAUAUAAUCAUCUUAAUGAGGUGUGUUUUGGAUUCAGAUAAAUCGAUGGCCAUUUCAGUCACUACAUUUAUGUGUUCAGUUUUCGGUUUUUUCCCGGGUCCGCCAUUGUUUGGUCUCAUUGUUGACAAUACCUGCACCAUCUGGAAUUAUCUGCCAUGUAAUGGAGGAAGGGGUUACUGUAAAACUUAUGACAUCGAUAAAUUUAGGAUUCGCUUCUUCUCUCUUUUGGGAACCAUUGACUUACUUGGCUUCUUGUCCAUCUUCUUAGCAGCAAUAAUUUCUCAUUGUUCUAGAAAGAAAGCUAAGAAAUCUAAAAAUCUAGCUAUCCAGAACUGAUAUCGAAUUACUUCACUUCAGUUCAUCUGUAAUCCGUAAUGGAAAAAAAAUCCCCUAAAAUUCUUUAAUUAGAAUUAUUUAUUAUUAAUUAACUAAUAUAGCAUUAACAUUCUAACAUUCCGUGUAAUUGCUUAGGUGAAGAAAAAAACGUGAACAACUCUGUAAUAUGAUCUGUUUAUUGCCUAACGUAAACAAUGUAACAUCAUUGAAUCCGUUAACUAACAGGAUAAUCCCUUCUAUUAUGGAUACUCCUACGCCCACCUUCUGGAAGGGGGAGUAGUCGAUUACAUUGAUCCCAGUAUUUGACUGGUACUUAUUUCAUCGGCCCCGAAAAGAUGAAAGGCAAAGUCGACCUCGGCAGCAUAUGAACUCAGAACGUAAAACCUGAAGAAAUGUUGCUAAACAUUUCGUCCGGCGUGCAAAAGAUCCUGAUAGCUCGCCGCCUUAUUAACUAAUACAAUAAAGAAUACCUUACAAGGGUGGCUAAUUACCAUACAGAAAGGCAUUUAAAGAAUCUCUACGAGCCUCAGUGGGUGCGUCUAUAUGAUCAUUUGACCAACUAGAAAUAGCAAGCAAAUCCCACUUUACUGUCUUAAAAAUAUGAAGGACACAUUGGUUAACCUAAUCUAUCUUAGAUAUGUGUGGAUACGAUAUGUCUGAAUAUGAAGAGAUGUGAGGAAUAUAGCUGGAGAUCAUUUGAUUACAGAUACAUUGCAUUUUUAAAAUUCCGUAUACGCAGUUCAAGCAGUAUUUAAUUAAGAUACCCAUGUCUAUCAUACUUAAUGCAUAAACUCGCUCGAUAAGCUAGUUAUUACAGUAUUUGUCCUGAAAUAACAACUCCUGAAUGACCAUGGGAUUGCAGACUUUUAGAACCUUUUUUAAGGCGCGUACUCGCAGCCAGCCGCAUGCACGGACGAAAAUUAGUCAUCUCUGAUAUAGGAAGUGAAUAAAAUAGUCACUAAUGCUACGAACAGCUUCCUAGCGGAAUUUAAGUCCAGUAUUAUUAAUUGAGGCAGUAUUUAAUUAAGAUGGCCACUUAUGCAACAUAUUUAAUGUAUAUAUAUAUAUGGUUAAUAGGCCAGUCACUGCAGUAUUUGCUUUGAAGGCCGAAAUGCAUCUGGUACUCUCGCAGGCUACUGCUGAAACAAAUUUUCGUCUCGUUUUGAUAUUUAUUGUGCUUUUAACACAGCGAGUUCAUAGGAGAUAUUAUCUUAAAAGAAAUAUUGUAGCAACUAGCCGAUUGACAGUAUGUAUCGAAUAUGCAUGAUACACUGAUUGCUAUAUACAAUAACUAUUUAUUUUUUCAAGUAGUUUACUUGGAUAUAGUGGCAGUCUAUAUUUUUUAGGAUAUACUGUUAUAGAUCGAUACACUUGACUAUUCAUAGUUAUAUGUUAGAUAUUCGUGACGAAAGCAGUGUUGAUACUAAAUAGAAAUUUUUAUAUCCUGCUUUAUGUGGAUGUACUGUAAAAACGCGGUAAUACUGCUAUUUGCAACACCAGUGUCUGAUUUGUCACUAUUUUUCUAUUUAUCAAUGGAAGCUGCGGUAGUAGUAGAUAUCUCCUACUGGUGAAGUACAAACGCUCAGAUAUCACGUGAUCUAGCAGUUUUGACACCGAUGCUGGACAACUUUUGUCAGCUACCGAUAUUUCUGUACUUUUAAGCACUAAACGUCUGUACAAUAUGCUCUCCAAAAUUUAAUACUCAGUAUUACAGCAUUCUUACAAUACAUUCAUAUUAAGUUGGACAUAAAGAUUGCUAUAAUUAUAUAUAUUUCUAAAGACUUGAGACAGCAUGUAGGGGAGAAAAGCAGCUUUAUAUUAUAUAAGUUAUCCUUUAAGUUUCGAUAUGUGGAGGCGCAAUGGCCCAGUGGUUAGGGUAGCAGACUCGCGGUCAUAGGAUCGCGGUUUCGAUUCCCAGAGCGGGCGUUGUGAGUGUUUAUUGAGCGAAAACACCUAAAGUUCCACGAGGCUCCGGCAGGGGAUGGUGGUGAACCCUGCUGUACUCUUUCACCACAACUUUCUCUCACCUUUUCUUCCUGAUUCUGUUGUGCCUGUAAUUCAGAGGGUCAGCCUUGUCAUACUCUGUGUUACGCUGAAUAUCCCCGAGAACUACUUUUAGGGUACACGCGUGUGUGGAGU